CCAGCCCCUUAAAUGCAGUUGGCGUCGCCAUCAGCGAUCUUUUCAGUCGCAUGCUGAAGUUGUGAACGGAUCAUGUCUAGCGAUUCUGCUGAUUACAACAGUUCAAGAGAUAGAGACCAUGGGGGGCCAGAAGGAAUGGAGCCUGAUGGUGUCAUCGAGAGCAACUGGAACGAGAUCACCGACAAUUUCGAUGAUAUGAACCUGAAGGAGUCUCUUCUCAGGGGAAUCUACGCUUAUGGUUUUGAAAAGCCGUCUGCCAUUCAGCAGAGGGCCAUCAUCCCGUGUAUUAAAGGCUACGAUGUCAUUGCCCAAGCCCAGUCAGGAACUGGCAAGACAGCCACGUUUGCCAUCUCUAUCUUGCAGCAGCUGGACAUUGAGCAGAAGGAGACUCAGGCUCUGGUUCUGGCUCCCACCAGAGAGCUGGCUCAGCAGAUCCAGAAGGUAAUUCUGGCCCUUGGAGACUACAUGGGGGCAACCUGCCAUGCUUGCAUUGGCGGGACUAAUCUCCGUAGUGAAAUUCAGAAGCUCCAGGCCGAGGCUCCUCACAUAGUGGUGGGAACUCCAGGCCGAGUGUAUGACAUGCUGAACAGGAGACACCUGUCUCCCAAGUGGAUCAAGAUGUUUGUUCUUGAUGAAGCUGAUGAGAUGUUGAGUCGUGGGUUUAAGGAUCAGAUCUACGAGAUCUUCCAAAAGCUGAGCACCAACAUUCAAGUGGUCCUGCUGUCGGCCACCAUGCCGGCCGACGUGUUGGAGGUGACGAAGAAGUUCAUGCGAGACCCGGUCCGCAUCCUGGUGAAGAAGGAGGAGCUUACCCUGGAGGGUAUCAAGCAGUUCUACAUAAACGUGGAGAGAGAGGAAUGGAAGCUGGACACUCUGUGUGAUCUGUACGAGACGCUGACCAUCACCCAGGCCGUGAUCUUCCUGAACACCAGGAGAAAAGUCGACUGGCUGACGGAGAAGAUGCACGCUAGAGACUUCACCGUCUCUGCUCUGCACGGCGACAUGGACCAGAAGGAGCGAGACGUGAUCAUGAGGGAGUUUCGAUCCGGCUCCAGCAGAGUGUUGAUCACUACGGAUCUCCUGGCUCGCGGGAUCGACGUGCAGCAGGUUUCUCUGGUCAUCAACUACGACCUUCCUACAAAUCGAGAGAAUUACAUUCAUAGAAUCGGCCGCGGCGGCCGCUUCGGCAGAAAAGGAGUCGCUAUCAAUUUCGUCACCGAGGAGGACAAGAGGAUUCUUCGGGACAUCGAGACGUUUUACAACACAACCGUGGAGGAGAUGCCCAUGAACGUGGCCGACCUGAUUUGAGCCCCGAGGUUCUCGUUUGGGUUUUUUCUUUUUUACGCAGUGAUAGCGAUCGUUCACUUUGCAUCGUGCUUAUAUUAUUCGAGGG